AGAUUAAAAACUUAAACUGUUAUUUUCCAUCAACAGAAAAGAAAAUUAGAAAUAAAACACUAACUAACCCAUAAAUUAACAUUUAAAAUAAAUCACCUGAGAGGAAAUUUUAGCAAAUAAAAUACCACAACGGCACUGCUAUAUGUUCGUCCAUGGCAAUCCGAAUCACCAAAAAAAAUCAAAAUUAUAUAAUCUUCAUCACUGCUCGUUGCACGUACAAACCCAAAAAAGAUUGGACAAGAAGCUACCGAGAAGCCACCUUUUUUGUUCUGUCGAAGGUAACCGCCACAGUUCCCGCGCUUCCUUCUUCUGUCUCAUUCUAUGUUCAGUUAUGUUACUGUCUUUUUAACCUCCGUUUUAUAAACAACCGUUAAAAAGAUCAGCCUUACACUUCCCCUAACACACAGAACCAAAAUUAUGGUAGUACCCAGUUCCCAAUUUCGUGGGAUUUUUAAUGGGGUUUGUUUUUCUGCUUUUCUUUUCUUGAUUUGUAAUCAAUGGAACUCUGUUCAGAAUCCAUUAAGAAAUUCUCAUUUGGGUUCUGUCGGUUUGUUAAGCAGGAGCAGGAGAGUUUCUGAAAUUAAUAGUAGUGCUGUUUUUGUUAAUGAUGCUAGUGUGGUUCCUCAUCAUGAUCCUAACUUAUGUUCUGGGCUGCUUGAUCAUAAGGAUUUUGAUGAUCCCUGUGAGUAUUUGAUAGCUCAUCCUGAGUGCACUUCUGAUGGGUUUUUUAAUUACGUUAGGUUUUACUAUUGUGAUUGUAAAGAUUAUACUUUUCUGGCUUAUAUUGUGUUGGGUGUAUGGUUAGUUGCUCUGUUUUAUCUUUUGGGAAAUACUGCUGCGGAUUACUUUUGUUGUUCUUUGGAGAAGUUGUCGAGUCUUCUUAAGUUGCCACCUACUGUUGCUGGGGUUUCUUUGUUGCCUCUGGGGAACGGAGCUCCGGAUUUGUUUGCGAGUAUCGCGGCGUUUGUCGGUAAGGAUGCUGGUGGAGUGGGGUUGAAUAGUGUGUUGGGUGGAGCUGUGUUUAUUACUUGUGUUGUUGUUGGUGUGAUUUCGCUUUUGGUUUCGAAACGGAGGAUUCAGAUUGAUAAGGCCUCAUUUAUUAGAGAUACGUGCUUCUUUCUGUUGACUAUUGUGGCGCUUGGUGUAAUUUUGAUUGUUGGAAAGGUGAGUGUUGGUGGUGCAAUUGCAUUUGUUUCGCUCUAUUUAGUGUAUGCAUUUUCUGUUGUUGCAAAUGAGAUUCUGAAAAGAUAUGCAUGUAGCUGGAGAUUGAAGUCUGUGAGACCGUUACUUCCGGUUACUGAAUUUUUGGGUGGAAGUAGUGACGAGGAUGAAUCUGUCAAUGCCCCGUUGCUCGCAUCCGACUCAAAAACUGAGGUGCCCCAACUCCAGGAUAAUCUUCCACAUUGGAUGUGGGGUUCGCAAGUGGCAAUUUAUUCAAAUGAUGUUUUAAAGGAUAUUCCAGAUAGCCCAAAAGGCGAGUGGGGCUGGAAUGAGGAGGAGACGGCGAAAUGCCACAGUUGGAGAUCAUGUUCAAAACUGUUUUACUUGCUAGAAAUGCCAUUGACAAUUCUGAGAAGAUUGACAAUUCCUAUAAUUGAGGAGGAACGAUGGUCGAAGGGUUUUGCUGUUGCUAGUGCUACAUUGGCGCCAAUGCUGCUGGCGCUAUUGUGGAAUACUUGCGAUAAUCUCGGUUUGCUGGAUCGAGAAGUUUCAUAUUUGAUUGGUGUUUGUUGUGGUGGUGUUUUUGGUGUUCUUGCAUAUCGUUAUACUAAUACUAACGAACCGCCCCGGAAGUUUGUACUUCCGUGGGUUAUCGGUGGCUUCUGUAUGAGUAUUAUCUGGUUCUACAUGAUUGCGAACGAGCUCGUUGCAUUGCUUGUGGGAUUAGGUGAAAUAUUCGGAGUCAAUCCGUCACUUCUGGGUUUAACUGUGUUAGCUUGGGGAAAUUCAAUGGGUGAUUUGAUGUCAAAUGUAGCUUUAGCAAUGCACGGAGGCGACAGUGUGCAGAUAGCAAUGUCAGGGUGCUAUGCCGGCCCUAUGUUCAACACGCUUGUUGGGCUCGGACUUUCGAUGCUGUUUGGAGCCUGGACUAGUCGAUCAGAAUCAUACAAUGUACCUGAAGAUACCAGUCUGUUUUAUACAAUGGGAUUUCUUAUCGCAGGCCUGAUGUGGUCACUUAUUGUGUUGCCACGGAACGAUAUGCGGCCGAACAAGAUGUUAGGGAUUGGCCUUAUAACUAUAUAUUCAAUGUUUCUAAUUUUCAGGCUGACUACGUACAUGUGUGGUAUGACAGUAGACGAGUAGGAUUGUAUUAGCUGUUUUCAAGUAGUAAAUUUUGAUAUUUUCUCUAGUUCAUCCCCUGCUUUUGUAAAUUGUGAUGAACUUGAUAAGGUUGUUAUAUUGAAUAGCUUAUCAGAACUAUCAUUCCAUCA